AGACGCAGGAGCUGUGGCGCCUGCGAUGCUCAUAAUGUCGCCAAACGAGAUUCCGCGCUUCAAGAUCGACAACCCUGCGCAGCGUGAAGCAGCUCUGCGCAGAGCGCGCAGCAUGAAAAAACUGGUGUUGUGCUCCAUCCACGGCUGGAUCUUCAAAUCAUCGUCGAGGUCGGCUGGCUUUGCUCGUGCGGAGUCAUACAUCAGCGUCGACAUUGCUACAGACGUCGCACGAGCAAUUUGGCAGGGACACGAACGGUCGAAUGUGGUUUCCACUGCACUCGUCUACCACACGCUGGCGAUGAAGAUGGACGUGCCUCUGUGGUUCGCGGGGGUGAAGAUUGUGGAUUGGCCUGAAGACGAUGACAUGUCGGGGCGGCAGGAGGCGACAGUUCUUCGCGUCGCAGAUUGCUGGACAGAUGCACUGUGGUGUGGACAAUGGGCGGACGACGGCCGCGUGAAACAGGAGAGGUUGCCUCGGCUUGCGGAUUGUCUUCGAGCGUUGUUGAGCGCGUGCAUGUGGAUCAUGCGCAUGCGUGGUUACGACGACCGUUCGCACUACGAGGCGUGCUUGUACACGUUCAUGGUCGCCAAACCCACAAUGAUAGCGGCGGGUUCGUACAUCUUCAACUGGCGGCGACACAUCGUCGACAGCUCCAACCUCGUGUUAGAUCGUAUAGGGAAGGCUCACCUUACGCUGGGAGAUUACCCGCACUGUAUUCCGGAAUGGUGUGAUUGCGGGUUGGUGUUCGGCCACAACGCGGCCCUGAAGAAUGCAUCGGAAGCCACGAAACACAGCUGGAUCAGCAGUGGGCCCGUGGCGGAGGAAGACGAAGAUAAGGGCAGUUGACACGUCGGUUCGUCCAUAACGCAGCGGUGGGGUGUGGAUCAUCGACUGAUUGGCGCGUGGGAUCAUGAAACGAUGAACGCAGCGCCUUUAAC